UUUUACUCUGUUUCUUCGAGCGUUGAGAUUUGCACACAAAACGUUGGUGUUUUUGUGUUCAGAUUUUUUCGUUUUUACAAGUUUUUUUUUUGCUGUUGCUGCUCCUUUUGUCGGGUUUAAUCCUUGUUUUCCUUUUCCACGUUCCGUUCUGCCGUGGUCCUGUACGAUUUUUCUUCACGCCACACACUUUGGCGAUUAAUUGGCCGUCGCGCACGCAUCGCAUGAUCCCGCGCGGAACGUACGCGUAACAAGUGCUCUCGAUCGGGAGUCAGCUCUGGACCACCAGCUGCAGCAUCCAAGUGCAGGUGCAUUUUGAUUUGGGCCCCAAAAACGCGGCUUCUCAGUGACAACGGUUAGGCGGUUUAGCCUAGUUUAGUUCGAGGAAAAAAAGGAAAAGAUCCAUUUGUCAGACGGGAUGGUAAAAUGAGAUAUUUUUGACAUUGAGCAAGUGAGUGAGUUUGAGGGAAGAAAAAAUCGGUGAAAGAAAGCGAAUAAAAACCGAAAAUUGUGCUCGUCCACGAGAAAAAUUCUGCAGAAGAGAAUUUUUACUUAGUGCGGCUAACGAGAGGAGGAAUGCGUCAACGAAAAUUUUGCUAUAAAUAAGCGUGAUAGUACAUAAGUCGAAAGGAAGAAACCGGUGUCUGUACAGAAAACUGCAGCAAAACUUAAUGUUAUGAACAUCUGACCCUGACUGCGACACGAUGGACAAGGACAAAACCGACACUGGAAAAGUGUCCCUACGAAGCGCCGGUGAGGUUGAAUCCACCGUGCUCGAGCAACAAAUGCUCGGCGUGGCCACGCCAACCCAAUCGGCCAAGGUCCAGUCGGCGGCAGCGACGGAACAACUGCUAAAGUCGGAAAAGGAGCCAUCCACCCCCGCAGAUAAGCCCACAAAGCAACUCUCGACCGAGUCGGAGGAGAUCGUGGAGGAGGAAGAGGUCGAGGAAGAGGAGGUUGAGGAGGAAGUUGAAGAAGAGGAGGAGGAAGAAGAGGAGGAGGAGGAAGAGUCUGAGGAAGAGGUAAAAGAAGUAGAGAAAACGCAGAUGGUGAAGGAGGAACCCGCUCCAGUCGUAGAGCAGGGACCUGCUGAAAUCCCGAAGGUGGAGGAAACGGAACCACUCGUUGAAGAGACAAAGUCUUCAGCGGCAACCGAAGAUGCUGACGCAACAGCUGCUGCUGUCGCAGAUCAAAGCGCCAAAGAAACAGAGUCAAAAGACGAACCAUCCCAAGCCCCGAGCCUUGAACUGACUGAAACUACUGCAGAAGGAACUUCCGUCGUUCAGGAGAAUUCACAACAUCAUCAUGAUCAUGGUGACAAACCUUCUGUUCCACCACAAACCUAUCUCUGGGAGGAGGUUAAAAAAUCCAAGGAACAGGUAAGUGAAGGUGGCUAUCCGUGGACCCACCUGUACAAGAAUCCCCUGGGACCAGACGACGAACCGGAAAUCAUCAUGCGAUACUCUCACUCUCCGGUGAGUCGACGUCGCAAGGUCGAAGAGCAGCUCAUCGAGGGAGCAGAGAAGAAAGCGAAAACCGAAAAUGGUUGUGAUGCUCCCGGCUCUGAGGAGACCAAUGGAAGGACCGAAACUGACGCGACAGCUGUGGCAAGCACCAGCAACGGGCAUUCAGACUCUCCAAGAAGGAGUAGAGCCCGGGCAGCUUCCCACGAACCACACGGGUUCAAGUCGGAGUUUAAGGCGCACGCCAAGCACUUUUUGGAUGAACAUCCCAGCAUUCGAAGCUUCAGCAACAGCCUAACCAGGAAGGGCAAGAGUACCAGAGCAUUCGUCAGUCGAUCACUGGAGCGUGCAAAGUCCAUGGCUGACAAGCAGAUCGAUAAGGCUAAAGUCCAGGUGAGCACGCUUAGAAGGAGGAAAGCGGCGUCCGAACCACCGAGGGAUUUACCAGAGCACAAGAUCCUGAACCUUCGGGAAUCACCCAGACUUUGCGGAAGUCGCGAUAUCCCCGCCUACGUGGUAAGACAGCCAAGUGACGAUGCCAUGGACGUUACGGACACCGAAGAAGAGCUGCCCUUCACGGAAGAAUCAACGGUGGAAGCUUCCACAGUGGUUCCGGAUGAAAUCAUUGAGAUACCUUCACAGCCAUCGAUGGAAUCUGCUGAAGAAGAGAUGGUUCGCGCGGAAGCACAGAAAAUGGUCGAAGAAACCCUAGAGAAAGCAUCAGAAGAAGCUGUAAAGAUUGUUGAAGAAACCGUUGAGAAGGUUUUGGAAGAUGCUGCAAAGGUAGUUGAAUCCACUCAGGAGGUAGAGAAGCUCCCGGAAGAAGUCCCAAAAGUGGAAAAAAUGGAGGUCGAAGUUGAAUCCACUCAAGUGGUAGAAGCCCCAAAGGUGGAUAAAAUGGAGGUCGAGGAAGAACGAUACGAGAUCAUAGAGCCACCCAAAGAACCAGAAGUAAAGGUUCAACCUCCGUCGAAGGCUCCUCGCAAGAAGAAGGAACAUCACUACGAGGACAUCGACGAUUACGUGCCUCCAAAGGAGCAAGCUGCUGCCAGUACCACGUCGGAAGCUAAGCUCGUCCGACAGCACGAGAUCGACGGGUUUGAUCCGAUCAUUGGAGAGAUGCUAGGCAACGACAAGAUCAAAAUAUCUCUCCAGCUGCAGGAUCAGCAAAUUGCCAACGACAUGCUCAGUAAGAAGAAGCGACUCGAUGAGAUCCUUCAGCAUUCAUCCGAGGACGAAAAAGAAAAGGAUAAAAUUCCAAGCCUUGGUCUCCUAGCGCCCAUUUCCUCGAUCGAUUCAACGUCCUCCGACGAGGAAGCUCGACGAACGCAUCUGUCCACCCUGGCGGAAGAAAGUGACACGGGAAGCAUCGACAACAGUACCCAGGUUACCAAGAAGCUGGAACAACCCAAGAAGCCUAUCGGCGAUUUGUCCAAGGUUGAGGAGGAUCACAAAGAGGAGGAGCUAACCCCGGCGGAAGAGAACCUGCUGGCACAACAAGCUACUGCCGACAAGCAACUCGAACUGACCCCGGCAGAGGAGCGCAUGUUGGCCGAAGCGGAACAGAAGCCCCUCAACACGGAUGCGAGCCCAGUUGUGGAAACCAAAGCGGUCAUCGACGAACGAUGGUCUAAGAUGAGCGACCACGAGUACGAGCCAAUUGGAGAACCCGUUGACAGCAAGCCGAGCGGAGCCUCCAGCUUGGCGCCACCUACGGACGCCCAGCAGCGUAAGCUUUCGAGCGCAUCGCUGCGAGUGCCGGGAGAUGACGCCGACACAUUGAGCAUGAACGAGCUGCAGAAGGACAUUGAGGAUCGCUACUUUAACCGUGCCGCUGAGGAAGAAACUCUCGAGGAGACCACUGCCGAACCGUCGGCCGACGCGACGCAGGAGAAGACGAGCAAAAUGAAGGCCGUGAUGUCACGUGCUCAAGAGAGUGGUAAGAAGGCGAUGGCGAGGGCACAGGAGAGCAGCAAGAACGCCAUGAGCAAGGCCCAGGAAGGUGGAAAGAGCUUGCAGCAGAAGCUGCGCAAGCAAACGGACAAAUUCAAAACCAAAAUGUCCAACAUAAACAUCAAGAAGGACAAGGACGGUGCCCCGCUGGCGUCACCGGAAGUUGUCACCACUCCGGAGUUGGAGAAGUUUGACUUUACGCUUGCUGAGCCAAAGCCGGAUCAAGAAGAGGACAUUCAACCCGAAGUCACGGUUACCGUGGAGGACACCAACGAAAUUGAACAGGAAGAAGCUGCGGCGGAAGCUGGUGCGUCGAAGAAGAAGUUUAAAACUCCGGAAUUCUCCAAGAUCAAGAACAUUCACAUGCCGAAACUUCAAAAGCCAGAGUUUAAACGUCCAGAGUUUACCAAGAUCACUAAACCGAAAAUGCCGACCAUGUCCAAGUUCAAGCGUCCUGAAAUGCCAAAGUUCCUGACGGAAAAGCCCGACUUUUCCAAGCUCAAGAUGCCGGAGAAAAUCGGCACAAUCAAACUGCAGCGUAGCAAGUCGAUGAAGGAACCAUCGGAUGUAGCAAGUGCUGCCUCGCCAUCCGACGUAUCAGUUGUCGGUGACGAUGCCGCAAAGAAGAAGGUCAACUAUACUGACUUUAGCACGUUCCCACGGCUGCUGGACAAAUUCAAGCGCCAGAAGUCCGCUCCGGGUAACGCAAGUGUCCGUGCAUCAACGCCACCACCGCUGGAGUUCACCAAAGCAGGCAAGACGACCCGUCCCAAGGGCAAAACGUUCAUUUCACGAUGGGCCGAGAAGUCAUCGGAAGGUGCCGGAAGCACAAGUCUCUUCUUCACCGGUAGCGAACUGGGCGAGCGAGAGUCCUCGGUUGAGAAGCGCAUGCGUCAACGGCUAGAUCGGGCUGACUUUGAUACUCCCGAGCUGCCCAUCACUGCCGAACAGAAGCAGCUGGAGGAGUACGACAAGGAGAAUCGAGAGAUUCACCUCGUGUCCGCGGCCAGACACGACGAGUUCAUGAAGCGGAAACCUCCGAUGGAACGGCAAGAGUCCGACCUGGCCUCCGAAGAGGAGAAGCAGUUCUGGGCGAGUUCGCUGGGCCAGAAAAUCAGACAGAAUAUCGACAUGAACAGCAACGACUUUGACUUUCUCGAUGAAGACGAGCGGCUGCGCGUUGCUCGCGAAAAUGAAGCCAUGGGGCUGAGUGCACGUGAUCGUGCUAGAUUCUUGGGAGAGCCUAUCGAACAGGCAGAAGAUUACGAGCUGCGAUCUACGACUCCGUACUCGAACAAGGAGUGCCAAUCAUCGACCGGAAGUUCCGGAAUCCGCAGACGCAAGGGUGUUCUGGAGGAAAUCGACGACGAUGAAUUCUUCCUGCGCCAAAAGGGAAUAUCCAAGGACAACAUCCAAAUGGGAGAGUACAUCAGUUCCGCCAUUAAGGAAGGACUGGGAACUCCGGUCAAUGCUCUGGCAGAAAUGGGACGCUACGACUCGUACGACCAGGACAUGGAUGCCAGCGAGCGAAUGAGCAUGGAAUAUCGUGGUGAGAUGAGCUUCAACGAUGAGUUCCGUCGGAAUGUCGACAUGUUCAAGACGUUCCCGCCGGAUCGUCCCAACAGGAAGCACAAGAAGUCCUACAACGAGGAACAGUACGAGGAUGAUGGACAGAAGGUACCGUACGACUCGUACCAACAGGAAGAGGAAGAUCUGGAGUUUUACGGACGCGAUCGUAAGUAUGCUAGCGAGGAGCCAAGACAGCUGGCUGCUGAAGACGAGCGCUACAUGGACGAGGAAAGUCUCGGCAACGGAUUCUCACGCACGGGAGCGGCUGUGCCACCUACGCCACCGAGACGCCGCAAGAAGCGCUUCCGUGAUGUCACCCCAUCUGAACUAGAACCAUUUGCCAAUGGUUUGACAUCCAAACCCAUUUACAAUAGCUAUACCUUAGGACCAGAAACGCACUUGUUCAACGCCGAAGUUCCGCUGGCACGCGAGGAAAGCUUCACGACUCCGCUGCCAACUCCGCGGCGAUCCCGUUCGCGAUCCCAAAUCUCGAAGGCGUUCGAUGACGACCGCACCUCUCGGGGAGCAGAGUCCUACAUCUUCGGAGCCGUAGACAGUGCCAUGGUGAAACGCAGCAUGGAUCUGUCGGAAUCCAACGGCUAUGCUACCGUGCGUAAGGAUCCACCGCCACGUCCACCGGCUCCGAUCCGUCGUAGGCGGUCAACGCACUCUUUGGGAGAUCAACGUCAGUUCAACACACUGCCCAACUUCCAUUCGGUUUCACCGCAACGUCCGUCGCGCAACUACAGCACCAUCAACCCGAACCGACCACCGCGUAUGAAGUCCAACACCAAUCUGGACCAAGAAUCGAUGAGAUCAGCGAGCGUCAGCAAAAAUGACUUCACCGAGUACGAAGAUAUCGAGCAGUUGGAGGAGCAAGCCCGAAUGCACCAAUCGCUGGACACGGGAGCGGUCGUGAGCAAGAUGAAGGACCGUCCGCUUCCACCGCCGCCACGUCCGCCGAGGGACCACAAGAAGCCCAAGCCGAAACCGGACCACGAUGACCGGCACGACUUUGAUGGAGGAGCGGAGAAGAUCGUCGCAACGAAACCGUUUGAAAGGGUCGAAGAGGUCGAAAUCGCAAUCCAAACUGACCCGCUACCGGAAGACUACGAGCUGGACAUUGAGGUUGAGGAAACGCUUGGAUAUGCGGAGGAAGAAGCACCCGCGAAGACACUUCGGGAGAUUUUGAAGGAAGAACAGCAGGCAGAGCAGGCUCGUGCCCGCCAACUCGCGGAAGCCACCAGCCUGAUGAGAGACAUUCAAAAGUUCAGAGAUUCUACAUCAUCGCUCUCGCAGCAUGGUAGUCGACCAGAAACUCCAGCAGCUGCCGCCAGCAUCUUGGAACGCCGUGUCUCGGUCCCUACCGCAUCCAGCAUGCGCAACGACGUUCGUCCUCUCAGCAACGAGAACCUCUCCGAGCAGGACCUGGCGCACGCCGAAGACGACAAGUACAUUGCGGAGCUGGUGAAGAAGUACGUAUCGGAAGAGAAGGUCGCCCCAACUGAGAGUGCAAAGAGACAACAGAGAGCAGCGCCUGCAUCACAGGAAAUCGACGCUGAAAAACUUAGGGAAAUAGAAGCCAUGAUUGUAAACGAGCGGGUUGAACGGGAAGAGUUCCGAGUUGUUCAGUCUGAGCCAGCUGCACCGCCACGACGAAGGUCUCUGGUAGCCUCCAGUCAAGAUCUUUCCAGAAGCGUCGAAAUUUCUCCCAACGUGAUAGAGGAAAUCGUCGAACGCUUGAGAACGAACGAGCAGCAACAUAUCGCCGAGUUGCAACAACUGCAGCAACAGCAAAUGGAAGAAAUGAAAAGACAGCAAGAGGAACAGCAGCGACUGCACGAUCAGAAACUCGAAGAGCAACAGAAGCAGCUCAUGGAGCAACAGAACCAGCAACUACAGGAAACGCAACAGCUCAAGGAACAAAUCCAGCAACAACAAGAACAGCAAAAGGAACUGCUUUUGCAGCUGCAGCAACAGGAAAAAGAGCGUGAAUACGCCCGCGAGCAAGCCCAACAAAGAGCCAAGGAACUCGAACAGCAGAGAAUGCUUGAACUGCAACAUCAGCAGCUUAUCCUUCAGCAGCAGGAAAAGGAACGCGAACAUGCCCGAGAACUGGAGCAACAACUGGCAAAGGAGCUAGAGCAGCAGAGAAUACGUGAAACUCAGCGGAUUCAUGAGCUCGAGAUGCAGCGGGCACGCGAAGCGGAACUUCUCAGAGCCAAGGAAGCUGAACUGCUGAGAGCGAAGGAGGCAGAGUUGUUGCGAGCGAAGGAAGCUGAGAUGCUCCGAGCAAUGGAAGCCGAAAUGCUGAGAGCAAGAGAGGCUGAUCUGUUGAGAGCCCGUGAAGUAGAGUUGCUAAAAGCGAAACCAGUCGAGCCGAAGGAAGAAGGAGAGGCAGCACCUCCAGCGGAAUCAACAACCGUCACUGUUUCAGAAGCUCAAGAACCAUCCAACGCAGCCAGCGAAGAAGCGAAAGAAGCACAACCACCAGCAAGACCUCCACCACCGCGGAUAAGUCCCCAACCUCCGAUGACGCCGACCCAACAGUUCCCGUACCAGGAAUACAUGCCGUACUCUCUUUCGCCCCAGCCUACACCGUUCUUCUCCGGCCGAAACUAUUCCGACGAUGAGGGCGCAGGCCUUCCGCAGGCCCCACACAGACGCCGGCGCCAGCACCGUUCACGACGGGAAUCUACCUCGGAGGAAGAGUUCCAGCGUGAUCAGCGCAAACAACGCCACGGAACACGCUCGCCAGAACCGACGAUUCCGGCUCUGGGCGGUCAGCUGAUCCGUGCCUGCGGAAACUCGAUCCGCGAAACCGGCGACGAGCUGAUGACGAUUCUGCGUGCCAGCAGCAAGGAUGAAAACAAACGCGAUCUGCACAUUGCCCUCAUCAUCCUGAUCGUCAUCGUGGCCGGACUGAUGGCACUCGGAAUGAGUGCCGAGAGGGACGUCCAUCACCACCAUUGGGAUUACUUCAAUCCGCCCGGUAACGGACGGGCCUAAGCCGGAAAUAUCAUUAAACUUGUAGAUUUUGGUGGAAACAUUUUUUAGAAGUCGCUUUUUAUCAUCAUUACGAAUACAGUAGCUAUUAGUGGACAAUUGUUAACUCCUGUUGAAACUUAGGCCGUUACGAUUUAAUUUAUCAAUUACUACAAUCUGCAUUUUAACGAUUUCUAAACAGUAGAAUUUGAUCUUAAGAUGUUCAAACGUCAUCUUCAUUCAAGCCCCGCAUCCUACUAAUGCCAGCACUUUGUUACUUAACCUAACUGUAAUCUUUUUUCCGGAGAAUCCCGCACACAGAAUCUCAUUCGGCAGUCGAGAACAGUAAUCGAAUAUUUUUUGCAAAAUCUUUGUUCAGUAGAAUGUAGUGUCGAAAGCAAGAUCAGCAAGAACACAGGAAACAUGAAGAAAAAGAAGAAGUCGAAAACCACGAGUUACAGUACUAGUCAAUACAAUUUCAUAAAAACCAUUUUAAAAAAAUCGAAGAUCUGCGCGAAUCCGGCCUUCACUGUUAAUUUAUUUGUUUUUGUAUCAUAAUCACAUCUAGAAAAAGUGAAUAAAUGAUUUUUGACAACAAA